ACUGAAACCCUCUUCACAUUCAAAUGGCAUGUAUCGGCAGCCAGUGUGUGGCCGUGGAUACGCGUUGAGCGACGAGCGGGACAGUUUUGUGUUUGCUUGAUUCAGACUUGCCAAGGCCCGGUGACCCACAUUCUUAUCUAACCUAACGCGUUGCUCGCUAGCCGAGGCUAAAACCGAGCUAACGUUGACAUACAUUGCAGGUGGGGAAUGCAAAGAAAAUUUCUUAGGAGUCAUCAGAUGAAGUGGGUACUUAACUGAUCGGCACUCAAAGACAACAGGCUCAAAAGGAAAAGAGGAGUGCUUUCCAGUUCUUCAAUGAUAUUGUAGCCUCACAAUGACUGUGUAACUGAUGUUGCUGACAUGUGCCACACCCACAUCCAAAGCAGAUGAAAAACUCAGCUCAACAAAGACCUUUUGGCAAAAUUCUACCCUCUGACCCAGGACCCUUUCAGUGUCUUGCCUCCGAGGCUCACAGAUCUCUGCCGUCACCACAGUGUCUCCAGCCAGACUCUGCCUUCGUCCCACAUUACGUUUUUCAUCCUCUCAAAGGACUGGCCAUACUGUAGGUUCAUUCACAGAUGUCUACCUCACGAUUAAAAGGCCCCUCUCGACCACCACUGCGACCCUGAACAGGAUACAAAAUGACCUCUAGCAUUGACCGGGAUGACAGCAGUGUCUUUGAUGGGUUAAUGGAAGAAGAUGAAAAGGACAAAGCAAAACGUGUGUCCCGUAACAAGUCUGAAAAGAAACGCAGAGACCAGUUCAAUGUUCUCAUCAAGGAGCUGGGUACCAUGUUGCCGGGCAACACCCGGAAGAUGGACAAGUCUACCAUCUUGCAGAAGAGCAUUGACUUCCUGCGCAAACACAAGGAAAUUGCUGCUCAGUCAGAGUCAACUGAGAUCAGGCAAGACUGGAAACCUCCUUUUCUUAGUAAUGAAGAGUUCACUCAGCUGAUGUUGGAGGCACUGGAUGGUUUCUUUCUCGCAAUUAUGACUGAUGGGAAUAUAAUCUAUGUCUCUGAGAGUGUGACUUCCCUGCUAGAACACUUACCUUCUGAUCUUGUGGAUCAGAACCUGUUGAACUUCCUACCCAUGGGAGAGCAUUCAGACGUGUACAAGGCUUUGUCCUCUCACAUACUGGAGGGAGAGACACUUACACCUGAAUAUCUGAAAACAAAAAAUCAGCUAGAAUUCUGUUGCCACAUGCUCCGAGGGACGAUCGACCCUAAAGAGCCCCCUGUGUACGAAUAUGUAAAGUUCAUUGGAAACUUCAAGUCCCUGAAUAAUGUGCCUAACUGUACCCGCAAUGGUUUUGAAGGAGUGCUCCAACGAUCGCUUCACUCUGCCUUUGAAGACAGAGUCUGUUUCAUAGCAACUGUGAGGCUAGCCAAACCACAGUUUAUCAAGGAGAUGUGCACUGUAGAAGAGCCUAAUGAGGAAUUCACCUCCAGACAUAGUUUAGAAUGGAAAUUUCUCUUCUUGGACCACAGAGCUCCGCCCAUUAUAGGUUACCUGCCGUUUGAGGUCCUAGGUACAUCAGGAUAUGACUACUACCAUGUGGAUGACCUGGAGACUCUGGCCAAAUGCCAUGAACACUUAAUGCAAUAUGGCAAGGGAAAGUCAUGUUACUACAGAUUCCUCACCAAAGGGCAGCAGUGGAUUUGGCUUCAGACCCACUACUAUAUCACCUACCACCAGUGGAACUCCAGACCAGAGUUUAUCGUUUGCACACAUACUGUUGUAAGUUACGCUGAGGUAAGAGCAGAGCAGCGCAGAGAGCUUGGGAUUGAAGAGUCGCCACCUGAAAUUGCAGCAGAUAAGCAGUCCCAGGAUUCUGGGUCUGAGUCUCAGCUCAACACCUCCAGCCUGAAGGAGGCUCUUGAGCGCUUUGACAAGAGCCGAACACCCUCAGCCUCCUCUCGCAGCUCACGCAAGUCCUCACACACCGCUGUGUCUGACCCAGCCUCAUCACAGACUAAGCUUCAGGGAGACAGGAGUACACCAGGACGUCAGUCUGUCUCUGCCGUUGAGAUGACAUCACAACGAAGGUCAUCCAUCAGCAGUCAGCAGUCUAUGAGCUCCCAGAAUACAGCGCAGACCAUGACACCAUCCAUGGUUUCGCAACAGCAGCAGCAGCAGCAGCAGCAACAACAACAGCAGCAGCAGCAGCAACAGCAGCAGCAACAGCAACAGCAGCAGCAACAGCAACAGCAACAACAACAACAGCAACAGCAACAGCAACAGCAACAACAACAACAGCUUCAGCCCAGUGGCCAACCACUGGUGCAGUUCUCCAACCAGCUGGAAGCCAUGCAACACCUGAAAGAGCAGCUAGAGCAGAGAACAAGGAUGAUCGAGGCCAACAUCCAGCGGCAGCAGGAUGAGCUUCGCCAGAUCCAGGAGGAGCUACAGAGGGUGCAGGGGCAGAGCCUACAGAUGUUCCUGCAGCAAGGAGCUGGAGGACUAAAUCUCAGCUCCAUACAAAUGGCCCAGGGGAAUUCUGUGCAGCAAGGGAGCACCCUUGGCAUGCAGGGCCAGGUGGUAUCUGCAGGGACUCUACAGAGCAGUAUACAGCAACCACAACACACAGUCCAGCCCCAACCCCAGCAACAAGCCCUCCUACGGGAACAGAGCACAGCACUCUCACAGUCUCAGCGGUCAUCUCUCACACUACAACCUCAGCAAAAUCCGUUGCCUGCCUCUCUCUACAACACAAUGAUGAUCUCCCAGCAAAGCCCAGCCAAUGUGGUCCAGAUUGCCACUAGCCUCGCCCAGAACAGUGGCCCCAACACACCUACUGUGGCAACAUUUGCCCAGGACCGCACUGCUCAGAUUAGGUUCCCUGCUGGUCCUCAGCUGCUUACCAAGCUGGUUACAGGUCCGAUGGCAUGUGGGGCAGUCAUGGUCCCCACAACAAUGUUCAUGGGCCAAGUGGUCACAGCCUUCGCUCCUCAGCAGGGACAGACCCAGACCAUCAGCAUCUCUCAGCAGCCACCACAGCAGCAACAGCAGCAACAGGAGCAGCAGGGACAGCCACAGUCACAGGGCACAGCCAUACAACCGGGGCAGGCCCAGCUGACCCAACAGCAAACACAAUUUCUACCGGCUCCCCGGCUGCUCCAUGGAAACCAGUCCACUCAGUUGAUCCUGCAGGCAGCAUUCCCAUUGCAGCAGCAGGGCACCUUCACUGCCACAACCCAACAGCAGCAGCAACAGUUACAACAGCAACAUCAACAACAACAGCAGAAGCAGCUGCAACAGCAGCAACAACUUCAACAACAGCAGCAACAGCAACUAGCCUCUCACAGGGCAGACAGCCUAUCUGAUCGCUCCAGUACACAGCCACAGUAGGGGGCUUAAGCCAAUCAGAAGCAGAAUGAGCUGUACCCAGAUGUGGUUGUCUUUGUGACCAGGAGUCUAAUAACAAGUUCUGCUGAAUGUGCAGUCCUGAAAUCAUGCCUCAGAGGCAGAGAAGUGAUUGGAUGAGUAACCUGUGGCAUCCCCAGGAUCUUUUGCUUCUUGCACUUAAUUCCUGAGCACAGAGUGCUGCAGAGAAUACAAGGUUGGGCUCACCACGGCUCUGGCAUGUGGCUUUGGCUUAAAACUGUCUGGGCUGAGUUCUUUCUCCAAGCUAACAGGGGACUAAGAUCCCUGUAAUGGACUGAGCUCAUGUCCUUCUGCCCUGGCCAUUUUCUUGUGUGUUUAGUGUGUGUGUGAUCUGGUCACCCUCACCAGGAUUAAUUAAUGCAGAACUGUCCAGUUAAUGCAGUGGAGCUUUUACUCAAGCUUCAGAGAAGUCCUGCAGAACAGCCAAUGGCACGUUUGUUUUAGGUGUUUUCUUCUAUUAUUGUUUUUCAUGUCAAAGUAAUUAUGGGUCAGAAAAUAUUUUCAAGAAUGUCAUAUAGAUUGAACUUUUACUGUACAGAACAUCAUGUGUAUUAUAAUAUGUAAAUAUAUGGAAAAAAGAAAGAGAACUAAUAUUUUAUAUGAUGCAUGAAAUGAAAAGCGUAGUCUGUUAUUUGUAGCUUUGAAUAUGCUUUUUUUCUAGUACUCUAAGAAAAAAAGAACCUAAUAUGCUCAAUGGCUGAUAUUUUCACAGACUUCCUUUCUCUUAGGGGAUGUGUUUAUGUUUGUGUGUGUCUGCAUAGCAGACAAUGCCAAUGCUGCUGGUUGUGUCACAGUUUGUUUGAUCCUUACCCCGUAUUUUCAUAAAAUUGUUAAAAUAAUAGACAAAUGUUUUAAAGUUAGAAUAUUUAUAAGCUUUAUAUAAAGUGCUUUAAAACAGCACACUAAGGACUCAAAAUUUAACUGAGUCAGUUGUUGUGAAUGAAAUAAAGACUACAAAGGUUAGGCUAAAUGUAUCCCACAAUAAGAUUUGCCAUCUUAGUCUUGGUAACUUUCAGUCUCUUAAUUUACUUAGUUUUUUUUUUUUUUUUUUUUUAAAUUUUUUAAUUUAGUUCAACACUUCUACUACAGUCUUUACAUUUCAGAGCCAGCCAUAUUGCAUGCAUAGUAUCUGUUAAAACUUAAGUUGAAUUACAAUAAUUUCUCCCUUAAUUAAUUAAAAUGUACUUAGUCCUUCAGAGAUAGAAUUAGUCCACCAGCCUAUGCCUACAAUUUCUCAGACCCAGAUUUGGGUAAAAUCAUAUUUACUCAAAGGAGGGUGGGAGGGGGGGUGUUAAAAUGGAUAAGAGAUGGCAGCUAAAUUGUCAUGCUGAACCAUUCAUCUGGUUUUUGGAUGCUGAUUUGGAUCUACAGGGUAUCUGCCUCCUGCUCCCUCUAGGGGAUCCAUAGUUGCUCCCAUGUCAGCUAGGAGGUAUAGUCCCUCCAGUGUGUCCUGGGCCUGCCCCAGGGACUCCUACCAGUCUGUUCCCAGUAUACCUCUAGGGAGGCGCCUAAGUGGCAUCCUUACUGCCAAGUCACCUCAACAUACUCGAAGUGUGGAGGAGCAGCAGCAGCUUAACAUCAGGGUGCUUUUGUACCAUGAGCUCCUCACUGUCAUGAGGAGUGAUGACAGCUACCCUGCAGAAACUUAAUUUCAGCUGCAUAUAUUCAGUCCAUUUUCAAAAUGACUCAGAAAGAAAUUAGAGCUUUGCUUUGUGGCUCCGUUCUCUCUUAGCCAUGUUACUACAGCAGAUGCACCUAACCAGCAGUCAAUCUUCCAAUCCUUUUUUAUUUCAGUCGUGCAUAAGACUGAAAUUCUUGAGGUACUCCGCUUGGCAGUUGUUUUGUCCUUGUUUGCACAGGACAAGCCGUCUUGUUCUGGUAGAGAACCGUAGCCGCAGACUUGGAACCUUAAUGUCAAGGAAUCAGAUACUGUCAAGAGCUCAGUUUUUCCUUCAUAUAAUUUCCAUUAAAAAAUCACAAACAGCA